AUGGCUGACAUUGACUGCAAAGUGGACAGGAAAUGCGUUGCUUGCACAUUCAAAGAACAACAGAGGUUUUCGCUCUUGGGGUCUUGUGAGAGCGAAGUGCGGAACGUUUACUUUGUCGCGUAUCAAAAGCUCCUUGGUGAGCUCUACUUCAUGGGUUAUGGGAGCUACUACAUAAGAAAAGAAGGGGAGCAGUGGGUCUGGGUUGACGACGUUAAGAAUGAAACCAUAGCGAGGAUGGAAGCUGCAAAGCCCAACUAUCCAAUGGGUAGGAGGGUGUGGCAUCUAGAGAGGCCAGUGUGCGGUCAGGAACCGAAUCAGAAGCGCAUCCUGCUUCUGACUCCUUGUGCAGAGAACGAGUUCACCUGCGACGACGGAAGCUGCGUCGCUCACCACAAGCGCUGCGACCUGAAAUAUGACUGUCGGGACAACAGCGACGAGGCUGACUGCAUGCUGAUCGACCAUCCCGAAGGAUACCAGAAGCACCUGCCCCCCAGAUCAAACCUGGGGGAAGACCUGAGUCUCCUCGUCGUUCUGUCCAUGCGUGUGAGCACGAUGGCGGUCAAGACGAUGGAGAUGGCCGUUGAUGUGACUUUCGAACUCACGUUAACGUGGAAGGACAACAGGCUGCAGUAUCUGAACCUUAAAGUUAACGAUACACUGAAUGUCCUUCCUCUCGAAGCUAUGAGGACACUGUGGACGCCUGAUGUCACGUUCGUCAAUGCGAUAGGGAAUCAUCACACGUACGUGGACGAAUACACCUCUAUGAUGAUCAACCGCAGUUCUGAAUUCAAGACGAGGGAUGAAACUGCGCCUGCUGAGGGAGUGCUCGAUGCACCUCAGGAUCUCGUCGGCGCCCAAGUCCUUCCUCAUGUUCGAUUCGGUGGAGUCAUUGGCCAUCAACUUGGGGGAGAGUCUAUCAGCGGAGUAUUACGUGAGUUUUGUCAGUUGUGUUUUAUAUUCUACGACUGUAUCGGAGGUCUAAAAGUGGGAUACGAAGCAAUAGGAGAGUACAGUGAAGCCCUCAUCAAGAUCCCACUGUCUCGGCUUGCUGGGUAUGCCAUCCUGAACAUUUACAUCCCGACGCUGGUGCUUCUGGCGAUCAGCUACAUGUCCCUCUUCGUCAGAACUGACAUGUUUGACACGAGAAUGAUGGCCGCCCUUACGGUGCAGUUGGUCAUUGCUACGCUUUUUUCGCAGGUGUCACAAUCUCUCCCGAAGACCUCCUAUUUCAAGAUGGUAGACGUUUGGUUCCUGUUCUGCAUCGCCAUCACCUUCAUCGUCAUCCUGUUUCACGGAAUCAUCGACAGCAUUCUGUACCCGAGUUCUGGAAAAAUAUCCUCGAUUAUCCAAGUAGGAGCUGCUGCCUGGCUGGGACAAGGCAGCGCCAGCAAGCCCAACUCCGCCUCGCAGAAGAACGAAGGAGAUUUCAUGGUGAGAAUCUCCAAGAUUGUUGUGCUCGCUCUGUUCGUCCUGUUCAACAUUGGGAUGAACGGGACAACGAAACGGUCCACCGUUGACGAGGCCUUGAAUUUAAGAGCGCACCUGAUAGGGUUGUGGUUUCGAGGGGCGUCAGUGCCCUUCAUCUCAAAGAGAACGGGGUUCAGCAUCUCUUCCGUUUACAGGUGGAUCAAACGCUGGCAGGAAGAAGGCCACCUCCACAGUCGAGCGAAGAUUGCCAAUGACGGUCAUCAUCGCUUUCCUCCGAAUGGAAAUCUGACGGGAUACCCGGAGAUGUGCGCGGCAUGUAUGUUGAAAAUCUACCUGGCGAUUGUAUUCCUACUUCAGGAAGCAGAUGCACUCCAAAGGUUCACAGCCAGCGUGACACUGAUGGAGGAGGCUUCCGAAGCAGUGAGGGCUGUUCUUGAGGCGUCCGAUAUAAAAGACCGUUCAGUAACCAUAAUCACAGAUGGCUCGUCCUACGUGACUACCACCUUCAAAUUCCUGUCCACGUCUUGCGUCGGAAGUCGUGAUGACGUCACGCCUUCUCUCGGUGCCCGAUGCUCUGGGAAGGCCAAGAUUGAUGACGUCACAGCCUCCGUCCUUGCACUACUGCGUAUAGCUGUCCACUCUGCGUCCUUGCUCGUGAACGGGUGA